UUAAAUUCUAUUUUACUGUGAUAUUAUGUGAUUUAGAUGUGAUUUAAACGUGAUGUGAUUUAAAGUGAUUUGUAUGUAUUUUUUUAAUUUAAACAUAUUUAUUUCAAUAUUUUACAUAUAUUACAUUUUAUAUGUAUAUAAUUGUUACAUAAGAUUGAAAGGGAUUAGAACGAAAGAAAAUAUAGUUCCUCUCCCAUAAAUAUAUUAUGUGCAUAGAUCUAAAAUAAACAAUUAGAAAUGAUUUUUCUGACAAAACAAACACGUGUUAUAUCUUGCCACACAAAAAUAACCAUCAAGGUAAAAUGCAUAGUGUUGUUGACAUUGCUUUGUUGUGUUUCGGGUAAUAAAAAUGUGUAUCGAAGGACUAACGAUAUAUUUCUACAAAAUACUUUUUCGUCACUCACAAGUGCUACAAGAGUUAAAUGUUGUGCUUAUUGUGAUCAGACGGACGAUUGUAUGAGUGUAAGUUAUCAGGAAUCAUCUAAAACUUGCAAGUUGUCGAGAGAUCCAUUAGUAUCUGUGUUUGUGAACGGACAGACGGACACCAGUUGGAAAAGUUACAGUAAAAAUGAAUGGUUGUUAGUGUUUCGUGGAACUCCAGGUAUCGGUGGUGAUAUAUAUACAGCAUGGGUUGACGGAAUUGGCAUCACCGUAGAUGACGUCACAUGUAUGACGACUGUCGUUACUACGUGCGAUAAGAAUUAUCGUAAUCCAAUCGUUGAUUCUUGGAGUUCAGUACGAAUGCAACAGGUACAAGAGACUUUCAACAGAGAAAAUAUGAUUGAAUCAUUUGAAACAUAA